AUGGCGAACUGGCACGAUUCCUUUAAUCCUAGGCUGUCUCGCAAGAAAGACUAUUUGCCGAGGGCCCGAGUGGGCAAUGGCCAAUGGGUAAAUACCGGUCGAGACGACUGGUCACUCGCUCGUGCCCCCAUCGACUCGUUUGAGACCGGUUAUUUCGGAGCUGGCGAUUCGAGAAAAGACGAUCGUACGAUUGAAACGUUUGCCAUUGAUGUCUCGCCGGAUGUGGUGGAUGAUUGGAAGGAGCGCUUCAAGAACGAACGCCGUUUGCCAGCGCUUCCAUACGGAAAUCACGGAAUCUCGGAGUCGCUGAAAAAAUUGCUGGACGAAAACUUGGCGAAAUUUGAUUGGAAGCAACAUCAAUAUUUCCUCAACACCUUCAAGCAGUAUAGAACCGAAAUCGAAGGUCUGAAAAUGCAUUAUCUCCGGCCAGCGCUUCCCCCGGUCGAUGGAAAGCUGGUGGUGCCGUUGGUGCUUUUGCACGGAUUUCCAGGCAAUUUCUGGCAUUUUUAUAAGGUUAUUCCGUUCCUUUCUAACCCUAGCCGACACGGCUUCGAUUUUGGGGUCCGGGAAACGAUCAUUUUUGACGUUAUUGUCCCGUCGUUACCCGGAUUUCUUUGGUCGGAGAAGCCUACUCGAAGCGGCUUGUGGACAGCCGAAGCGGCCCGAAUCUUAUCGAAACUAUUGACACGCUUGGAGAUUACAUCCGCUUUCAUCCACGGAGGCUCGAUUUUGGGGACUGAUGUGGCUGCAGCGAUGGGAGCUUUAUAUCCAAAACAAGUGCGCGGCUUGCACCUCUCGAACCCGAUUCUUCCGCCGUUGUGCGAUCUCCAGACGGGUCUUCAAUCGGUGUUGGCCUCUUUUGCAUGGUUGAGGGAUGAAGAUCGGGAAGCAACUGGCUUGUUGGAGCAGCAGAAUAUCGCUCAUCUUCUGCAAGUCAAGAACGCUGAUGCUUUGGGGGUCGCCCUUCACAAUUCUCCCCAAGGCCAGCUCAUCUAUCUGAUGGCACGCUGGGCGGAUUACAGUAGAAAUGGCACGAAAGAGCUGAACCAAAUGUAUACGGUAGACGAACUACUAACGGAGUCUGCGCUCUAUUGGUUGACGGACAGCCUUCCACACGCUCUUCGUUUCCUCGAGAACUCAUCAUCACAUCCGGAUCGGUGCCAGCUGGCGUUGGCCACGGUAAGCCGACCCACCGCAAUCUGUCAGACCCCAGAUGCGCCAUUCCGCACCUCACGAGCCCUUCUUGGCCAUAAGUUCCACAAUAUUACUCGUUACAACACGUUGCCAAAAGGCGGUUUGUUCCAUUCGCUGCAGGACGCCCAUUCGCUCGCGGCUGAUAUUUUCUCGUUUGUCGAAAGGGAAUAUAUG